AGGCAGUGAGGAAAGAAGACAUGACACAGCCAACAAGGAUGGCAGCCUGGCUCUGAAGUGGAAUUAUGUGCUUCAAACAGGUUGAAAGAGGGAAACAGUCUUUUCCUGCUUCCAGACAUGAAUCAGGUCACUAUUCAGUGGGAUGCAGUAAUAGCCCUUUACAUACUCUUCAGCUGGUGUCAUGGAGGAAUUACAAAUAUAAACUGCUCUGGCCACAUCUGGGUAGAACCAGCCACAAUUUUUAAGAUGGGUAUGAAUAUCUCUAUAUAUUGCCAAGCAGCAAUUAAGAACUGCCAACCAAGGAAACUUCAUUUUUAUAAAAAUGGCAUCAAAGAAAGAUCUCAGAUGACAAGGAUUAAUAAAACAACAGCUCGGCUUUGGUAUAAAAACUUUCUGGAACCACAUGCUUCUAUGCACUGCACUGCCGAAUGUCCCAAACAUUUUCAAGAGACACUGAUAUGUGGGAAAGACAUUUCUUCUGGAUAUCCACCAGAUGUUCCUGAUGAGGUAACCUGCAUCAUUUAUGAAUAUUCAGGCAACAUGACUUGCACCUGGAAUGCUGGGAAGCUCACCUACAUAGACACAAAAUAUGUGGUGCAUGUGAAGAGUUUAGAGACAGAAGAAGAGCAACAGUAUCUCACCUCAAGCUAUAUUAACAUCUCCACUGAUUCAUUACAAGGUGGCAAGAAGUACUUGGUUUGGGUCCAAGCAGCAAACGCACUAGGCAUGGAAGAGUCAAAACAACUGCAAAUUCACCUGGAUGACAUAGUGAUACCUUCUGCAUCCAUCAUUUCCAGGGCUGAGACUAUAAAUGCUACAGUGCCCAAGACCAUAAUUUAUUGGGAUAGUCAAACAACAAUUGAAAAGAUUUCCUGUGAAAUGAGAUACAAGGCUACAACAAACCAAACUUGGAACGUUAAAGAAUUUGACACCAAUUUUACAUAUGUGCAACAGUCAGAAUUCUACUUGGAGCCAAACAUUAAGUACGUAUUUCAAGUGAGAUGUCAAGAAACAGGCAAAAGGUACUGGCAGCCUUGGAGUUCACCGUUUUUUCAUAAAACACCUGAAACAGUUCCCCAGGUCACAUCAAAAUCAUCCCAACAUGACACAUGGAAUUCUGGGCUAACAGUUGCUUCCAUCUCUACAGGACACCUUACUUCUGACAACAGAGAAGACAUUGGACUUUUACUGGGAAUGAUUGUCUUUGCUGUUAUGUUGUCAAUUCUUUCUUUGAUUGGGAUAUUUAACAGAUCACUCCGAACUGGGAUUAAAAGAAGGAUCUUAUUGUUAAUACCAAAGUGGCUUUAUGAAGAUAUUCCUAAUAUGAAAAACAGCAAUGUUGUGAAAAUGCUACAGGAAAAUAGUGAACUUAUGAAUAAUAAUUCCUGUGAGCAGGUCCUCUAUGUUGAUCCCAUGAUUACAGAGAUAAAAGAAAUCUUUAUCCCAGAAUGCAAGCCCACAGACUGCAAGAAGGAGAAUACAGGACCCCUGGAGACAAGAGACGGCCUGGAAAACUCGCUAUUCGACAAUACUACGGUUGUAUAUAUUCCUGAUCUCAACACUGGAUAUAAACCCCAAAUUUCAAAUUUUCUGCCUGGGGGAAACCGUCUCAGCAAUAGUAAUGAAAUCACUUCCUUAACACUUAAACCACCAGCCGAUUCCUUAGACUCAGGAAAUAAUCCCAGGUUACAAAAGCAUCCUAAUUUUGCUUUUUCUGUUUCAAGUGUGAAUUCACUAAGCAACCCAUUAUUUCUUGGAGAAUUAAGCCUCAUAUUAAAUCAAGGAGAAUGCAGUUCUCCUGCCAUACAAAACUCAGUAGGGGAGGAAACCAGCAUGCUUCUGGGAAACGAUUCACCCAGUGAAACUAUUCCAGAACAGACCCUGCUUCCUGAUGAGUUUGUCUCCUGUUUGAGGAUCGUGAAUGAGGAGUUGCCAUCUAUUAAUUCUUAUUUUCCACAAAAUAUUUUGGAAAGCCACUUCAAUAGGAUCUCACUCUUGGAAAAGUAGAGCUGUGUGGUCAAAAUCAAUAUGAGAAAGCUGCCUUGCAAUCUGAACUUGGGUUUUCCCUGCAAUAGAAAUUGAAUUCUGCCUCUUUUUGAAAAAAAAUGUAUUACAUACGAAUCUUCAUGUGGACACAUUUUCACUUCCCUUGGAUAAAUACCUAGGUAGGGGAUUGCUGGGCCGUAUGGUAAGCAUGUGUUUCAGUUCUACCAGUCGAGUAGUGACAUUUCUGUGCUCCUACCAUCACCAGGUAAGAUUUCCAGGAGCUCCACGCCCUUUUAAUUUUAGCCAUUCUUCUGCCUCAUUUCUUAAAAUUAGAGAAUUUAGGUUCCGAAGGUGGAACAGGCUUCAUGGUCACACAUACAGGCACAAAAACAGCAUUAUUUGGAUGCCUCAUAUUUUUAAUAAAGAGUCAACUAUUUCCUCUUUAUUUUCCCUCAUUGAAAGAUGCAAAACAGCUCUCUACUGUGUACAGAAAGGGUAAAUAAUGCAAAAUACCUGGUAGUAAAAUAAAUGCUGAAAAUUUUCCUUUAAAAUAGAAUCCUUAGGCCAGGCGUGGUGGCUCACGCCUAUACUCCCAGCACUUUGGUAGGCUGAGGUAGGUGGAUCACCUGAGGUCAGGAGUUCGAGUCCAGCCUGGCCAACAUGUUGAAACCCUGUCUCUACUAAAAUUACAAAAAUUAGCCGGGCAUGGUGGCAGGUGCUUGUAAUCCCAGCUACUUGGGAGGCUGAGGCAGGAGAAUCACUUGAACCAGGAAGGCAGAGGUUGCACUGAGCUGAGACUGUGCCACUGCACUCCAGCCUGGACAACAAGAGCAAAACUCCGUCU